UAGGUUGGGUCUAUGAUUUUGCGUUUGUGAUUUGUGUUAAGCAUUUAGCAAGUAGGUUUUUUAAUUUUUUCAAUAAUUUCAAUUUUCAAGACUUAGCAGCAUUUGUCACUGUUUGAAAAUAUGACAUAUUUUUACUACAAUAAUGUUCAAAUAUAAUCAUAGGUGAUUGUCGUAUUUAUACGCCGCCAAGACCAUGAGCUUUGGCGAAACUAUUUUACGUAAAUACGGCUGGACUCAAGGCAAGGGUCUAGGCAAAAAUGAAGACGGGAUUGCUGCUCCUGUCCGUGCAAGUCUAAAAUUUGAUCAAACUGGAGUUGGCUAUGACACAGCUAAUGCAGAAUUGUAUGGAGAUAAAUGGUGGACUCGUACUUACAAUGAUACUUCUAAAGGAAUAGAUGUCAAAAAUAAAAACGGAAAUGUUAUUUUUAAAUCAAAAAAAAAAAAAACUAAGAAAAUUAAAGUCGAAGAAGUUAAGUCCACGUUUGAAUUAUCAGACGAACAGUUAUUUCAAGCUUGUGGUGGGAUUACUUGUCAUAAAGCUGCUAGGCAUGGAUUUAAUAUGGAUGGAAAAUUGGCUAGAUUACGUAAACAGGAUGAGCAAUUAUUAGCCUCUCAUGAAAAAAAAGAAAAAAACAGUGGCACGGAGAAUAAAAAUUAUAAAAAGUAAUUGUACUAUUUUAUGGAAAACUC